AUGCUGGAGCUUCGACAGGGCUUCAGAGAUCUUUUGCAGGCCCUCGAGCUAUUGAGGACUGCACCCGAGGAUAGCGUCGAUGCUAUGCUGCAGGACUUGCGCAGUAAAGCCUCCGUGUCUGAGUUUCUGCAAUCUGUCAGUUCUGGCACGGUGGCAACAUCUUCACCGGUCAACCCUCUAGCCGCAAGUCUUGCAGAAGCUCUAGCCGACUCACGAAUAGAACUGGACCUCAACAUGCGUUAUCCCGGAGCUUUCCCUUCUUUAGAGACACUUCAGAUUACGGAUGUAGACUUAGGCCUCUUGGCUGCUCACAGACGGCCCGGGCUAACAAACCAGCAAACAACCAUGCCGUUGUCGCCUUACUCCCCGUCAGAUCAACCUAGCCGAAGAUCCGGAACGCCAACCACUUCCGAAUCAUGGUCGACACCAAGUGAUUCCACCGGAGACGCUGGACAGCGUGUGGACCCAAGACUGGAGUUUCUCAAAAUAUGGCAAUGGACUUCUGUGCCUGUUCCCGACUUACUUGCAGCGCAGGCAAUAUCCUUUUAUCUUGUUAACGAGCACCCUGUUCUCGCAUUUUUCGAUGCAGAUUUGAUGAUAAGAGAUCUCGUAUCGGGUGGAGGGCGGUUCUGCUCGCCACUCUUCGUUAGUUCACUACUUGCUUGGUCUUGCGCCUCAUACUCACAGUUCGAGCCAAGGGCACGAUCGCUGUCUCUUGAGUUUCUCAAAGAGGCGGAGGUACGUUGGAAGGAAUUGCCAGGCCACAACAGCGUCACCACACUCUCAUCUGCAAUGCUUCUCGUUUUGACAUGUAACCAAAAUGGCCAAGAUCGAGUGGGUCUUAACUAUCUUAAUGCCAGCGCUGAAAUAGGUCUUCGUCUUGGACUAUUCGGCGACAAAGAUACUCCGAUGUCUGAUCUCGAUGACGCAGAAUCACGGUCUGCAGCGUCAUUUGCAGCUUGGGGUGUUUUUGGGUGGCAUAGCUUGCACUCAAUCAACUUUCGAGCAGAACACCAAAUCCGUCAUCCUUCAUCUUUACCAAUACCGGGAGAUGCGACUGGGCCACCACUGAACGACUCUAUGGGAAGCACCUUCACAUGGAUCUCUAAAUUCUGGCUGAUCAUACACGAAACCUUCAAAGAUGGUUACAACAACUUCAGCCAGCAGCCCAUGUCUAACGCACAUCGGAUGUAUCAGUUGCUACUUGACUGGGCCGACAAUCUACCAGAAGAUGCCAAGAGGAGUGAUAAUUGUCCGCAUCAUGUUUUGAUACUGCACAUUUGGUAUCAUACUGCGAUCAUUGACAUCUGGCGGCCGUACCUGGAAGCUCGCAGCGACGGAUACGCAGCACCGGACUCUGAAGAAUAUGCCGCACACGAGGCCUCUGCGAAACAGUUAAAACGACUUGUAUACCUAUAUCGAUUGAGAUUCGAAUCGACACACCAGACCAUGUUCAUCACACCUGGACUAAUUACAUUGAUCAACGAGAUCUUUCGAAAACCUGACGCACCCGACGCCCAGUUCUGGUUCAUCCUCACUGCUCGAGGGUGCCUUUCCAUAGCAUCCUGGUGCAAAGGACUUCGCGGAAUCACAGAAGGCUUGAUGACGAUGGGAUGGCGCAACGGUACUUUCAAGCGCGAGGGUUGGGUCGAGAACAGCUUGGUAGAGGACGUUCGAUCAACGACCCGAGCUUUGUUGCAAGACGGCAGCUACAGUAGUCUUUAUCCGAUCAGCCUUGAUUCAGUAAGCGAGAACAUCGACGACAUUGGCAUGGAGGCGUUGGCAGGGGAGUUUCAGCGGCUGAACGCACAAAAUGAGCCGCGAGGCAAAGAGGCGGCGGUUCCAAGUGAGCAGCAUGUCUGGAAGGGAGAUCCCCGUGACUUGAGUCUUACGUUGACGGAAGCGACGGAAGAGGAGGAAUACACUUAG